AUGAACGGCACAGAGGGCCCCGAUUUCUACAUCCCCAUGUCCAAUGCGACUGGGGUAGUGAGGAGUCCUCACGAGUAUCCGCAGUACUACCUGGCCGAGCCAUGGGUGUUCUCCUUCCUCACCAUCUACAUGUUCUUCCUCAUCAUUGUCGGUUUUCCCGUCAACUUAUUCACCCUCGUCGUCACGGUCCUGCACAAGAAUCUGCGCACGCCAAUCUACUACAUCCUGGUGAACAUAGUAGUGGUUGACCUUUUUGUAAUCGCGGUCAGCUUUCCUUUCACGAUGCACGCAGCCAUGCAUGGCUAUUUUGUCCGCGGUCAGGUGGGAUGCAAUUUCGAAGGCUUCUUCGGAGGCCAUGGUAUCCUGACCAUGUCGUGGUGCUUGGUAAUCCUGGCUGUGGAGAGGUGCAUGGUGUCCUUUCGACCCGGGAUCGACAUUCAGUCCCGCCGGCGGUUUGUCAUUAAGGGCGUCGGCUUCAUCUGGCUUAUGGCUUUCAGCUGGUCUUUGCCUCCUCUCUUUGAGUGGUCGCGUUACAUCCCUGAGGGUUUGCAGUGCUCAUGCGGCGUCGAUUACUACACCUUGAAGCCCGAGCUCUUCAACGAGUCCUUCAUCAACUACAUGUUCACCGUACACGUCAUCGUCCCGUUGACCGUCAUCACGGUGUGCUUUGGCCGAUUACUCUGCGUCGUUAACAGUGAUGCGCUCGACAAAACCGAACGAGAUGCCAACUGCGUGACGGUCGUCAUGACUCUGGGGUUCUUCGUCUGCUGGCUGCCUUACGUUAGCGCUGGCUGGCACAUCUUCUCAAACCAAGGCAGUGCCUUUAGUCCCUUGACCAUGACUCUGACCGCAUUCUUCGCCAAGAGUGCAGUGGUGCACGUUCCUCUUCUUUUCAUCGCCAUGGACAAGCAGCUCCGUCAAUGCAUGUUCAUCACACUAUGCCAAAUAAAGAACCAUUUCGCAGACGACGACGGAGCCUCAAAGACCGAGUCCUCGUCCGCCUCGGUGGCUCCUGCAUGAGCUACUCGUCACACUGCCUGAGCAUUUCAAGAUUACCAGGAUUUUGUGGACACAUGGGCGACUCUUUGAAGUCGGAGUUAGUUCCACACUGUUACAGCUGCCUAAAACUCCACUCGGAGACAGAACGUUAUGCUCUUUUAUGUAUAUGAUCGUCGGAUCUCACAGGACAGACGAGGGAGGAUGUCAUCUUUGACUGCAACUCGUUAUGUUACAGAGGGGUUGUACCGAGUUAACCUUUUAUUUAUUUAUUUAUUUAUUUAUUUUUUAGGAGAAAUGAAGAUUAGCAUAUUAAAACUCUGAUCUAAAUGUGAUCUUACAAAAUAAUAUAGAAAUGUGGAUUAGUGUUGUUGUCUAGUGUAUUAUUGUCUUGACCCCUUGAGUCCAUAAUCUGUUCCCAAGGUCAUUUUGCAUAAGGAGAUGACUCUAACCAGGACUAUCGGAUCAGUCUGGACCGAUCUGGGACAAGAAGCUAAAAUUAAAAUCCCAAGCUCCUUGAAAAGAUUGUUAAACUUUUGAACUAUUAAGUCGUUUCUCUGAGCUUCUAGUUUAGACCCGUGUUC